GAAACAAAUUCCAAAACGUCUUGCUACUUCUAGAAUACAGAGUAAUUCGUAGAACUAUGUAUAUAUUGCAAUCUGGGUUUUACUUGCAAUAAGUUUGACCAGUUAUACGAUGCAAUAAGCUUUUUUUUAUUAAUACAAACAUUAAAUGUCAGUUUUCCGUUAAUGGUCAGAAACUAAUUCUGACUCACAAAGUAACAUCGAGACCCAAUCAGAAGACAGUUAAAAUCACGUGAUCGCAAGCUUUUCUUGGAAGUUUCUUUAGCAUGAAAUCGCGGCUGAUAAACACAGGAACCAAGAAAAGUCUACAAAAGAUGAAAUUGUUCUUCGUGCUGCUUACCUCUGCUUUUAUUUGUGGACCCAGCACCAGUCAGUUGGUAGGAUUGGGCGAGCAAGGCUUAAAAAACUACUUAAGGCUGGUCAUGGAUAACUUUCGAAAUGUGAUGAAGGUCGGUAGCACCAAACCUAGAAUCCCAAUUCUGGAUCCGCUGCUGAUUCGUGAUCAACUCGUUAAGAAAAGAGAGGAACGCUUUAAUAUUACCGCCCAGUUCAGUAACAUUGUCAUCUUCGGUUUAUCCAGUUAUGAGUUGGACGCGUUUGAAGUUAACCUUGAUGAUUUAAAAUUGACCAUUGGUCUAUCCAUCCCCCUUCUUGAUGCUAAGGGUAAAUACAAUCUAGAAGGAAUUGUUAUUAAAAUUUUCCCACUUACUGGAAAUGGUGACGUACGUGUUAUGGCACACAACGUGAAAAUUUCAGGGAAAGCUGAAUUUAAGGUGACACCUGAAGGUUAUCUGAAAGUAUCGAAACUGGACUUGGGCCUGGAUUUUUCCUAUGUUUCAAUUAAUUUCCAGAAUCUUCUAGGAAGUAAGAGUGUGAGUGACUUUGUUAACAGGCUUCUUAGUCUAUUGGGACGCCCUAUUUUUCAGUCUUUCAAAAACGAUCUUUUGGAUGAUCUUGAGAACAGCUUGCGGAAAGAUAUGGAUAAGGGACUGAUGAAAUAUAAACUAUAUGAGAUCCUACAGGGUAGUAUAGACCCUAGGGAUGGGUAAAAUACACGAUUUGUGAACUGGGGACAUAAGAACCGUUCUUAAAUCCGACCAUACAUAUAUAGAUAUCGAGAAAGCUUAAAUGUAAUGUUUACUGGUUAAUGUAAAAAUAAACUUGAAAUAAGCAAUAAAAAUUUUAACCUAUA